GUUAUCGGAUGUGCGGUUGAGCGAAUCGAGAGCGAAAGAGGACAGACCGCCGGACCGACGCGAUGGCCGCCUUGCCGACGAAAGCCAUGGUGACCAACCACCUAACAAUGAUGCCAACUCCGGGGGGAAAUCAUGUGGUUACGGCUCACCACGGUCACACCUCCACCACUUUGAGGUUACUCUGAUUGAAAACGUACAAACUCUGAGGGUUAGGUUAUGUCAGGUUAGUUUUCGAGUUUCGUUUGUUGAUCACCAUAGAAGUCCUGUUACUCGAACAUAUUUCCAGCUUUAAGUGCAUUUAACUAGACUCUUGAAAAAUGGCCAUUGAAAUCGAGUCCGCUGAUGUUAUACGACUUAUACAGCAAUAUCUGAAGGAAUCAAAUCUAAUGAAAUCUCUGCAGACCCUUCAAGAAGAGACCGGUGUAUCGUUGAACACGGUAGAACGUAUCGAUGAUUUUGUUGCAGAUAUACACAACGGUCAAUGGGAUGUAGUGUUAAAAACAGUUCAGUUGUUGAAAUUACCUACUAGUAAAUUAAUCGAUUUGUACGAACAAGUAAUAAUUGAACUAAUUCAGUUAUGUGAAUUUGGAACUGCUCGUUCACUUUUACGUCAAACAGAUCCUAUGAUUGCAUUAAAACAACACGAACCUAAUCGUUAUAUACACCUUGAAAAUCUUUUAGCUCGGUCUUGUUAUGAUCCUUGUGAAGCAUAUCCAGAAGGUACAUCCAAUGAAAAAAGUAGAAUCGCUAUUGCCCAAUCAUUAGCUGGUGAAGUAUCCGUAGUACCACCAUCAAGACUAUUAGUACUGUUUGGCCAAGCAUUAAAGUGGCAAAAACGUCAAGGUCUUCUACCUCCAGGUACUUCUAUUGAUUUAUUUAGUGGUAAAAUUGGAGUUCAAAAUCUAGAGGAAGAAUCAUUCCCAACUAAGUUAUUUAAGCAAAUUAAAUUUAUCCAAAAGAGCCCCGUACUAUGUUCUAGAUUUUCACCAGAUGGCCAGUAUUUGGUGACUGCCACAGUAGAUGGAUUUAUCGAAGUAUACAAUUUUGUUACAGGAACAAUAAGAAAAGAUCUUACAUAUCAAGCUCAAGAUAAUUUUAUGCUUAUGGAAGAUGCUGUACUAAGCUUAAAUUUUUCUCACGAUAGUAAUAUGUUGGUGUCUGGCUCUCAAGGUGGAAAAGUGACAAUUUGGAAAAUACAGAUAGGAGAAGCGAAGUGGACAUUUGAAAAAGCUCAUAGACUUGGAAUUACUUGUGUACAAUUUUCUCAGGAUAACACUCAAAUUUUGACUGGUUCAUUUGAUAUGACUCUAAGAAUUCAUGGCUUGAAAUCUGGCAAAACGCUUAAAGAAUUUAAAGGACAUACAUCAUUUGUUAAUGAAGUCAUAUAUACUGUUGAUGGUCGCAGCGUAAUCAGCGGGUCCAGCGAUAGCACUGUUAAAGUAUGGAAUGUGAAAACCACAGAAUGUACACACACCUUUAAAUCCAUGGGAGCAACUGAUGUGGCUGUUAACAAUGUGCAUCUUUCCCCUAAACAUCAACAUAAUUUUGUUAUUUGUAACCGUUCAAACACCAUUGUAAUAAUGAAUAUGCAAGGCAGAAUUAUCAAAUCAUUUACAAGCGGCAAAUUUAGAGGUUCCAAUUUUGUAUGUUCUGCUGUUUCACCUAGAGGAGAUUGGAUAUAUGCAGUUGCCGAAAAUCAUAAUUUGUACUGUUUUUCUUUGAACAGUGGGAAGUUAGAAAAUACUCUAAAAAUACAUGAAAAAAGUGUUAUUGGAUUAACACAUCAUCCUCAUCAAAAUUUAUUAUGUACCUACUCCGAAGAUGGUAUGGUACGAUUAUGGAAACCUUGAAAUGUUCAUAUUCA